AUGGCACUCUACGCCAAUCCUGACCGGGUGGCGAUUCAGGCGAAGCUACCAGAGUUCGACGCCCAGGGGUCGCCUACGGGCACCGCCGAGAGCCAGGGGUGGCCGGAGGCGCCGAGGCCGGUGCCAGCCCUCGAGCCAAGUGCGCCUGAGCCGAGUGCACCGGCGGAGCCAGAGCUGGCAAGCGUGGCGGCGGAGCCGGGGCCGACGGACGCACCGGCGGAGCCAGGGCCGGCGGACGCGGCGGCCGAGACAGAGACGCAGCCGCCGCCCGAGAGUUCGGCACCGUCCGAGCCCGCGCCGAGCGCGGGGCGGAGUGAGAGAGGGCAGCAGCAGGCGGCGACGGCCGGCGGCGCGCAGCAGCCAGCGACAGCGGUGGCUCGGUGCAGAGGCGACGCACGGCGGGCGGUGCGCGGCGCAGCGGCGGCGACGCACGGCGGCGGCGCGCGCUGGUCCGGCGCGACGGCGGCACGCGGCUGA